CAUAUUCGUACAUGCUGCGUGAAAACACUCGACCAACCACAUGUACCGGUCUUAUCAGACGCACCUUUGGGGCUCGAUUUCGCGAUAGACAGCGUGUUGUAUAAUUCAUUUCGUAGGCUUGGCGAACAGACCGUGGCCGCUUCCAUCGACGAUCGGUACACUCGAAGUCGGCAGUCUACCGGUGGACGCCAACAGGGCGCGUUGUUUGGUUCUUACUGUUGAAACAGAGAAAGUCUUCGCCGUUCACAAAAUGUACGCUUCGGUCGAAACAAGUGAUGCCAGCGGAGGCGAAAACGUACGAGUGGUUGACUUUCGAUCGGACACGAUCAGCGUUCCGACGCCCAGUAUGCGGCGCGCUAUCUUCGAGGCGGCAGUUGGUGAUGACGUCUACGGCGAGGAUCCGACCGUGCACAAGCUGGAGGAGAGGACCGCCGCGAUGUUCGGCAAGGAGGCGGCACUGUUUGUUCCAACGGGCACGAUGGCCAAUCUGCUGGCAAUAAUGGUCCACUGCUCACGGCGUGGUACCGAAGCUAUUGUGGGCGAGAACGCACAUGGCUUCCUGUACGAGCAGGGCGGCGCGGCGCAGAUAGCUGGCGUGCUGCUCAGCACGAUCCGCAACAACCCGGACGGGACGUUCUGCCUGAACGAGCUGGCAAGAAAGUUCCGAGGCUUCGACGUCCACGAACCGGACACGGUGCUCGUGAUGGUGGAGAACACGCACAACAUGUGCGGUGGCAAGGUGUUGCCGUUGGAGUGGCUCGAAAAGCUGGCCACGAUCUGCCGCGAAAAGGGGGCCAAGGUGCACAUGGAUGGGGCGCGAGUCUUUAAUGCAGCCGCGUACCUGAACGUGCCUGUGUCACGCGUUGUACGGGACGUCGAUUCGGUAUGCUUCUGUCUGAGCAAGGGACUGGCCUGUCCCGUCGGCUCCAUCCUUCUAGGGACCAAGGAGUUUAUUAAAGAAGCCCAUCGUUUGCGGAAGGCACUGGGUGGAGGAAUGCGACAGGUUGGCUUUCUUGCCGCGGCCGGACUGUGCGCCCUGGAUGAAAUAGUGCCGAAGUUACACGAUGACCACGUGCGUACGAGACGGAUCGCCGAAGCCAUCGAUCAACUCGCCAGCCCGAUCUUCAAGGUGGACUUGGCCAACCUACACACCAACAUCCUGAUGGUGCAGAUCAUCAGCAAGAACGUCCAUUCGAGCGAUUUGUCGCACCGGCUGGCCACUGUUUGUCCCGGUGAGGUGGAAGCCGGCGUAGUCGAUUCCUCGGGGAAGGGAAUAGCCGUGAAGGUUAGCGCCCGUGACUGGACCUUUGCGCGGAUCGUCAUUUACACCAACAUCACCGACGAGGAGGUCGAAUUGGCCAUAAAAAAAAUACGUUAUGUCAUUAAGGAAUACGAAAAAGAUUUAUAAAGAGAAAAGGUAAAGCAUACAAAUUUGCCUCAGCAAACUGUUUGUAGAACAUACCAUAAUAAAACAAAAUCUAAAUUU